AUGCCCCAGACCUCAUCAGCCUACUCGACGCCAAAAUGGUGGAAAGAAGCUGUCGUCUACCAGGUCUACCCGUCGUCCUUUCAAGACACCAACGGCGAUGGCUGGGGCGACGUCAAGGGCAUCACCGCUCGGCUCGACUAUCUCAGGCGACUGGGCAUCGACAUCGUCUGGACGUCGCCCAUUUAUAAAUCCCCUCAAGCUGACAUGGGCUAUGACAUCGCAGAUUACAAGGCCAUCGAUCCCAUCUACGGCUCCCUCGAGGAUGUAGACAAUCUCAUUGUUGAGCUGAGACAGAGGGACAUGAAGCUCAUGAUGGACCUGGUGGUCAACCACACGUCCAACAUGCAUCCCUGGUUCCUGGAGUCUCGCUCCUCGAGGACAAACCAGAAAAGAGACUGGUAUAUCUGGAAGCCGCCCAAGUCGGUCAGCGACGCCGGCGUGCCAGAACCUCCCAAUAACUGGGCCCAGAUUCUAGGUGAAGCAAACUCGGCAUGGACCUACGACAUCGUGACAGGAGAAUACUACCUUUCGAUAUUCACCCCCGACCAACCCGACCUUAACUGGGAAAACCCCGACGUCCGUGAGGCAGUGUGGGACGUGAUGCGGUUCUGGCUUGACCGCGGCGUUGCGGGCUUCAGACAAGACGUCAUUAAUAUGAUCAGCAAGGUCCCAAGCUACCCGGACGCCCCCAUCGUGCUCGAUCCCCAAACGCACAAAUAUCAACCAGGGACCCAGUUCUUCGUGAACGGGCCCAAAUUGCACGACUACCUCCGGGAAAUGAACCGAGAAGUGCUCUCAAAAUACGACACCAUCACCGUAGGCGAAAUGCCGGGCGUGUCGGACGAAGACGAAAUCCUCCGCACGGUUGGUGCGGAAGCGGGCGAAUUGAACAUGAUCUUCAUCUUUGACGUGGUGGACAUCGACAAGCCGAAUGUGCGGAUGGCGCUGAAGCCGUGGGCCGUCAGGGAACUCAAAUCCAUCAUCACUCGGUGGCAGCGGUGUAUGAUUGAAAAGAAUGGGUGGAAUACCGUCUUCAUCGAGAACCACGACAAUCCACGCAGCGUGACUCGGUACACGGACGACAGCGACGCGAUGCGCGACAAGGGCGCCAAGUUGCUGGCGCUCUUGCAAACAACACUGGGUGGGACAUUAUUCGUGUACCAGGGCCAGGAGAUCGGGAUGCGCAACGCCCCGACGGAUUGGGACAUUGACGAAGAAUACAGGGAUAUUGAAACCAUCAACUACUGGAAGAAGUGCCAGCAGAUGUACAAAGACAACCCGGAGCGGCUCGAGCAGGCGCGCAAAAUCAUCCACCUCAAAGCUCGUGACCACGCGCGCACGCCUUUUCAGUGGAACACCUCCUCCAACGCGGGAUUUUGCGACGCCGGGGUGAAGCCCUGGAUGCGGGUCAUGGUCGACUUCAAAAAAGGCAUCAACGCGGAAGACCAGAUGAAGAAGAACACAGAAAGUGAUGAAGAUAGUGGUAUUGAUGACGAACUCUCGACAUGGCAAUUCUGGCAGCGAGGCAUCUACUCGCGCAAGAACCACGCCAACGUCUUCGUCUACGGCGACUACCGAGAGAUCUCGCCCGACGACCCCAACGUCCUCGCUUAUGUCAGGAGCAGCGCCACCGCUACCGCUGGUGGUAGAGAACGGUGGCUGGUAGUCUUGAACUUCUCGGGCAAGGACGUCGAGUGGACGCUGCCGGACAUUGUGCAGGUGGUGACCUGGGCCACCGGUACCUACGAUACCAGGCACCAGCCCCAGAAGCCCCUGGAGGGCACGAUUCCGCUGAGGCCAUGGGAAGGAUUGCUAGCCUUGUGCAGGAGUAGCUAG